UCCAAGAUCACUGAAAUAUUUGUUAGAAUUUCUUGAUGCAUCUUAAUUUAUUCUGCCAUGGAGGGCAAUACAGAAGUGGCUGAUAUUCAAUUUUUAGUACCUGAAGAAGAGCUUGCUGAAUGGGAUGCCCUUGAUUUCGAAAGUGAUCUACAAGAAGCUGAAAGUUCCUCAGUUAAAGUUCCUGAUGGAUACAAAGAUUCUUCACCUCCAAUCUCUACAAAUAAACCAAGAUCAGGAAUAUCAACAGAUGGCCUGUGUGCUAAAAAUUCAAAUUCAUCUUCCCCUAAGCAGGGUAGUGAUGGUAAAACACAUGCAGAUGGGAAGUUCAAGGAUGAAAAAAGAACACAAAUAAAUGAAGUGAAGAAGAAUACAAGCUCUCACUCAAAUAGAUACAAGGGAAGAUCUGAAAUUAGAUCAAGUAGACCAAAAACAACUUAUAGUUCAAGAAACACUACUGGGAGUACCAGAUCAAGAGAUAAGUCCUCUGAUGACAAUUCUAAGUACAGAGCAUACAGUUUCAAGUCAAAAGAAAAAUUUUCUCAAUCUAGGGCUGAGAAAAGUUCUACAAAUAGACCCAAGAAUGAGUUACAAAACACAGAACAUGAAAAAAUUGGAACUAUCUCGAUCUCGAGUAAUCCAUUGAACAGGUCCACAAAAGUCAACCCAAUUGACAAGAUAGGAAUCCAUUCAAGUGAUAAUUAUGUUAAUGUGUCAUCACCUGCUGUUGAUCUCAAACCUCCUGGCAAUGAUGACUGGGUGAAGGCUGGGACCUAUUAUACAAAUCCAGACAUAAAAGAAAAUAUUCAUCAUGCAUUAAAUGAAAAUUUACUACCUUCAAACCUGAAGCCACCUGGAGAUGAUCAAUGGAAGCCACAAGAACAUACAUCUUUGACUAGUGCAUUCCAGCUCCAGCAAUAUCAGCAGACCUCUCUACCACAAGAAAAUCAGGGCGUUCAUAUUCAGUAUGCACCUUAUCAGCAACCAAGUUACCAGAAUUUCCCUCAAAAUCAGAGUUAUAAUUGCUAUGAAUCAAAUGCCCACUAUCCACGAAAUUCUGCAACAUACAACGGAUUAAGUAAUGCAAAUUCUCAAUACUCUCAGGCCUGUUCUUAUGCAAACCAAGCAGCCCUGGGGCUGUCACUCAGUGGACCUACUACUACAAGUCAGAAUAUUGCACAGGUGAAUGAUGAAUCAGCUGCCAGGUUUUCUGCUGAGUUAUUGCACAGUAGGACUGAAGUCAAGACAGUAACCCAUCCUCUCCUACCCAGCACACAGAAACCUCUCGUGGUUAGGACACCAGUUAUUGAUAAUCUAAAUGGAUUGUCUAAUAGCACUGCUACAUCCUCAAUUACCACUGCAUCUCCUUCCAACUCAUCAAUGGAGAACUCUUUAUCUAUGUCCUAUCAAGAGCAAGAUUUGAUUCAGAAGGUACUCCAACAGAAUAAAAUAGAUACUGGAAGUGUGAACAUUACAUGCAAAACCACUCAUACUUUGAAAGGAACAACUAAACCUAAAGGAGAGAUAUCAGUGGUUGUCAAAAAUAUCCCCAGUAGUGUCAAUGCAACAUCAUUCAAGAAAAUCUUCCAAGCAUUUGGACGUUUACCUGGCUAUACUUUUGUAAAAAAUCCUGCUCAUGAAACAGGUAAAGUUACAGCUGUGUACACUAACAUAGAAGGUGCAUCUCGUGCUAUGCGCGUGUUGUCUACCCUCGUCAUGGCAGGACGCAAGCUUGAAAUAAAUUGUGAAGAGGCUAUCAACUACAACAUGAAAGAAUCAAAACUGGAGGAAACACGUGACAAGGACAUCAGAAGUUCAGUGACUAAGAUCCUUUGCAAAGAUGAACCAGAAUUAUCAUUUCAAUGGACUGAUGGUUCCCCAAAUACCUGUGUGAUUAAUGAGAAGGAACUGGUGAAUAAGAAAUUGGUGCAGGAGUCCAGAGGGGUAAAGCGGGCAUCAAGUAAAGAUUGUACAAAGUCAUCAGAGGCACAUAAAUCAUCAAAAUCACAUUGUACCAGUCUCCAAAGCAAGUCAAGUAAAAGCCCCCCACGCCAAAAUAAUUCAAUUAAUAGUCUCCAGACAAGCCGUUCAAGCAAAAGUCCUCAACAAUCAAGGAAAUUUGCUAACUUUGGACAAUCCAGUAAAAGCCCUUCAUCUCCAAGACGGUCUAGCAAAAGCCCAUCAUAUAGACGUCGCCGAAGUAGAAGCUUGCUAUCUCGGCGGAAGAGAAGUAGAAGCCUCUCAUUCAGACGUCGAAGCAAAAGCCCUUUACGACGCCGGAGAAGUAAAAGCCCACCAUCACGACGACGAAGAAGUAGAAGCCGCUCGUUGCAACGCCGGAGAAGAAGGAGCCCUUCAUUGCGAAGACGGAGAAGUAGAAGCCGCUCAUUACGACGUCGAAGUAGAAGCUCUUCAUUGCGACGUCGUAGAAGUAGAAGCUUUUCAUUGCGACGUCGUAGAAGCAGAAGCUCUUCAUUGCGACGGUACAGAAGUAGAAGCCGUUCAUUGCAACGUCGGAGAAGUAGAAGCUCUUCAUUGCAGCGUCGGAGAAGUAUGAGCCCUCCAUAUCGUCAUCGGUUGAGCAAAGACGAGCAAAUCAGUCCUGUGCUGAGCCCAAAGUCAAAAGAUAUUGAGGUGUCUUCUGUGAUGUCACUUUCUUCUGAAGAUGAGAGCAAAAAUUCGAAGCAUGAAAAAGAGGUUGUGAGCCUGCAAGAGUUUCAGAAGGCUCUGGUUUCUGGUCCUAAACCAUUAGGUGGAAGUGUGCUGAAUGAAGAGAACUUCAACAUCAAAAUAACGAGCAGUUCAAUGAAUCUAAGUCAGGUGGCUGUGAAUGAACUCAAUGACAACUUUGGUGGCACUGUUGAUCCGGUUUAUGAUAAUGGAUGGCUGCUGCAGGUGCCCGAUGCACGACUUGCUGCUGUGUUGGUGAAGCUGCUUCACAGACACAGACUUCUUGAUGGCGUAUUAAUUGUAUCUCUUCUACGGGCCACUUCUCCUGUGAUUGAAGUGACCCAGGAGGAGGUGGAGCAACACGAACACCUCACCAAGGCCCCCAUAGAGCUGCACAACAAGGCUGCCGUGCAGCUCAUUCAGGACUCUCUUGACCAAGUGCUGGACAUCUUCCUGUACAAACUUGAGCCCUGCACCAAACUCAACUGCAGCUCCACUAACUGCCCAAUGUACCACUCACGCAGGGACAGAAGGAGAGACCCUCGCCAGUAUUUCUACAGGAGUCUGAAGUGUCCUGAGACAUGGAUGGGCAAGAAGUGCGUGCGAGGUGAAGAGUGUGAACUGUGUCACUCUGAGCUGGAGCUGCUCAUGCAUCCCGACUCCUUCCUGGUGUCUGUGUGUGACCAACCGUCGCCUUGUGCCGCCCUGCCUGCCUGCCAGCACGUGCAUCCUGGAACUCCGGACAUGUUUUACCACGCCCAGUGGGAGGACCUUUAUGUGGGCGGUCUACAGCACACAAUUCCCUUCAUUGCCGGGGCCAUACGGAACCUUCACAAGCUCGACGACGACGCUAUUUCUGGAGUUCAGGUGUUGGCUGCCCUGACGGACGACGCUGUGUGCCGGCACGCGGGGGCGAUGCUGGAGUCUCUCGCUCAGCGUCACGGCGUCAAGAUCUGCGUCGUCAUCACCGGCACGGAGGACCCAAGUGGGUCGCAUGUGAUCAUCGGCACCUUGCACGGUCUGCUGACGCUGCUGUCCGUGCUGGGGUCGGGGCCGCUGUCAGGCUUGUGUGCCUUCGUUGUGGACGAUAUGGCGGCGGUGUUCAAGACCAAGGCUUUGUCUCAGGCCUUCCGUAAUCUCAUGCUCUUGAUAGAAACGGUUCAUAGCACGCCAGGACGUAUCAACAAAGUUGGCGUCUGCGAGCGAGUGAAAAACGUGGACGUACUCGUGGCAAAGGAGCUCUUCUCGAAAAACUUACGCAUCGUCCGUCAAGAAGCAGAUCCCGAGGAGACUUCUUCACGAGACAAAGACAGCGUAAAAAUCGACUCGUCUAAAGGUAACGAUGCAGCUACAGGUGUCGGAAUGGCAAAGAGCGUGCAGGACGUCUGCAAUGAAGAUUUGCCUCUUGUUUCAAGAGCGGCGGCACCAGAGAAGUCCCAACACCCAAGUUCUACCGGAGAACCGUCUUUGCUGCCGCCUGUAACUCCUACGCCAAAAGUGACUAGUCAGCAUAGGAAUGAAGAAAUCCUAACGGUCGCGUCGAAACAUGGAGUUGAAGAUGCAGGAACAGUGUCUCAUCGAUCGAAGGACGCACACAGUUUAUCGCCAUCAGAUGGAAGCGACUCAUCUCUCCGCCAGAAGUUCUUGGCUGAAGAACAAGCUCUGCGGGUCCAAUUCAACGAAGAGUUCGAUGUAUUCAUCGAAGUGCCGGAGCUUCAUCCGAAGUAUGAAGAGCUUUAUGAAGAGUUCGUGCUGGCCAGGGAGAGAGUCAAUGCUGCUGGUGAUUUCGAGGAAGAAUGGAGUCGUUUUUGGCGAUCUGAAUUAGAAAAAAAUAAACGCGCUUUGUGGUCUGAAAAACGAAAAGAAUUGCUAGAAAAGUUUAAAAAGAUGAUGGAUGCAAGAUCUGAGAACAAACCGUCUCACCAGAGCUUCGCUCCUUCCAUAAUUGAGCCACCUGAUAUACCUGAGGACGCUAAAUUGGUCGAUCGCUCAUUGCGCGAUACAAGUCAGGACAGAGUUACGUCGAAGAACAAUCCUGAAAAAGUCGCCCAUCAUAAUAAAUUCAGCCAGCAGAAGUUCGACGAUUCUCGCGGUUCGUUUAGACUUCCUGCUGCUGAAUUUAGCAGCAUGUCUCGUAACAAUGCUGAAUUGCGCGUAAGCCAAGUCCCAGAAUUUUUGGAUCCGCCUAUUCAUCCUAGCAAUUCGUCCGCCGACGAUACAAAAUUACCCAGCAGCUUUUCAAUGGAUGAGGCGGUUCGUGCCCUUUCCGGUGUUCAGCAACAUCUAGGAUUUUUGGGUUCUGCUCUUGCCAGACUACUCUUGGAAACUCCGCGUGAAUCGCCAAAGCAAUACUACGAGACUCUACUCGAAAAAGACAAUUUGUCCCUUUACAACCUUUGUUGUAAAAAACUACAGAACGAGCUUCCACCUUCACGUUCUGCCUUGCGUGAGUACUAUGACGUUGCCAUCUGGUAUCUAACCCAGCUUCCAAAAUUUGCAGAGAGUGAAUUGGCUUCGCUGCCAAAAAGUUCUCCGACUGAAAGUGUUGAACCUGAUUAUUUGGGUCUGGAUAUCAAAGCUAUUGCUAGAGCCACUGAGGGGAAAAGUUCGUCGUUCGUAAUUAGCUUCAUUAAAUGUACUCUUGAGCUGCAGAACAAAUCUAUAAGUAAAGAAGAGUUGAACAAAAUAUUUUUGGCCAUUUCUGAGUUACAUUUUGACAUGUCACUUAGCUCCAAUCCUGAAGAGAAAUCUACUGGUGAGGAGGAGCAUGUGCCUCAAGAGAACAAUCCUUCAAAUUUCCCGAAGUCCUUAAAUGAUAGCGCUAACAACAGAAAUGCGACUUCAGUCUCAGCCAGUGUUGAUUAUGACCCUCCUCAGCCUGAAUAUUAUGCUAGCCGACCUGAGGUUCACGGGCGUCAGCGAUUUGACGAUUCUUCGCAAUAUGGUCGUGGGGAUUUGUGCGCUGCUGAUGAUUCUGCAUGGCAUAGAACUUCGAAAUAUUUGGGAGCACAUUCACCGCCAAUAAAUGCUGAUACAAGUAAGUCAUCAAGAGUUCAGAGCCAAACACCGGCUGGUAUCUCGCAGACUGCUAUCAAUGCAAGCAAUCUUUUGACCUCAGACUUGGAGUCUUUGAAGCAAGUCUUACGAAAUGCAGGCGUAUCAACAGCAGUUCCCGGGAUUCGAGUGACAAGUUAUGAACAAACACCUGAUCAGAGCUCUCGAGGUCCUGCUUCUGAUUACUCAUUUGAUAUUGAUUCCCGUCAAAACCAAAGGUCGCUCGAAGCGUUUCCACCACCGAAUGCAUCUAUUACGCAGCAGCCUUAUGUGUCUCAACAGGCUUAUCGUGGAUGGAACGAAGGUGGUGCCUGCGGUCAAGCUGGUGACAUGAGGUCUGGUUCCUUGCUUAGUCAAUUCCCCGAUUAUAAUAGAUUUGAUCAAAAGGAGCGAGUGUCCAGCACGCACUUGGCAUCAUCAUCGUCAGGAAAUCCAGGUAGUUCUGGACUACAUGUUAGUGAUUCUUGGACCACGCCUCGGGUCAGCUAUAUUCAGGAAGCCAAUGCCCCGAGUCAUAUUGUUCCGACGCAAGUGGUGCCUCAGCAAGCUCCCCAGUUUCCCUCAAAUUCUGGAUCAGAUGUCUAUAGGAAUCAGGUAUUAAACGAACCUACCUCUCGACCUCCUACCGGUGCGGGACGCGCCCCUAGCGACUCGAGUUACUCACAAACCUGGUUUUCCGAUAAGGUCAAGUCGAUCAUUAGUAUUCCAAACUUAACAUUGAACUUAUUUAAUGCGCGUUUGUCCACCAUGCUGAGUGAUAAACCAGCCGGCUACAAAUUUUCUCGCUCCGAUUUGCGACUUGUAAAAGAAUUGCAGGAACUGGGUUCGUUGGAUGUCGACGAAAAGUUGUUCUUGUCCACUCUUAAGGCUAAGUUUGCUACUAUGUAAGUAAUGUGUGUAGGUGAGUAAUGAAAGGCAUUCUUAGGAUGUCAUCUUUGUGUGCUACUCUAAGUUGUAAUUGCGCAUUCAUGUUUGAAGAAAGUUUCUGAUUUUUUUAGUCAAUCUGGCUUCUCAACAUUCUCCGCAAAUGAUACCUUCAUCAAUAUUCAGUUAACAGUUGUAUUUUUUCUUAGUGGAUUGGAGGCAUGUCAUUUGCGAGAACUAUUGUACAAUUUGUUUCCUGCUUUUAUUUUAAGGUAGAAAUCUUGGCAGUUUGAGUUAAACUCAGGCCUUCAUAGUUGUUUAACGCUUUGUUUAUGGUUAAUUACCACUGCAUGUAUGAAGAAGAUUAGUGUGUAUAUCGCCUGGAUAUACACUAUAUCGCCUGGAUUAGAGGCCGUAUAUCGCCUGGAUAGGCGAUAUACUGCCUCUUCUUAGGAUACUCCUUGAUUCGGAGGAGUAUCCUAAAUUGAUGUGUGGGUAUGUUGGAAACUUCUCGACCUCAUGAGUCGUUAUAUUCUAAGGGUAUUUCUCCCUAGCGGCUAGAAUUCCACAUUUAUGUCCAACUUGUGCUGACGAGGCACAACUCUUUUCCAUUACUUUUUGAGGAUUAUUGUUUCUCUGCAAACGGUAUAUUAUUAUUUUCUGGGAAAAGUCGCUUAUUUCAAAUUCUUUCUCGUGUCCUCUAAUAUCUGUUAAAAACUCCAAUAUUUCGAAAUAAUGACCCUGAAAAGUAUACAACUAUUCAUCUAUAUUAAAACCCGAAUCCAGUAGGAAAGGCGUAUAAAUGGAACGUUUCUUUCUUAUUAUAAUUAUUUUUAGUGUCAUGACAUGGAUAUAUUCUUGGACCUUCUAGCUUUUGAUUAACAGCGUAGCCGAGGAAAUUUGUGAGACGAGAGCAGCGCAUUUUUUGGUAAGUUUUUGAAGUAUUUUUCAUCAGUUAUGUUCAUUUCUUUUGCUUGAUGCUUUUUGUCGUGUUAAUAAAUUGACCCGGAGU